UUGUUAGUUUCAAGAUGGCGACCGGAAGGAGUCUCCCUGUUAUUUUGAAAAAGUUCAAUCAGAGUCUCGAUCCUGGAGGACUUAAGGAGGUCCAGGUCUCAAAGAAAUUUCGUGUGCUGGCAGCUCUGGGUGAUGACUCGACGUUGAGGCUGUGGAACGUUAAGAAUGAUGUAAACUUUACUCUCGCAGAUGUGACACAAUUUAAGUGGAGUUCUUGUAGUGACUGCCAGAAUAGAGAAAAUUUGGUGGAAGACUGUUUUGUUGUAAUGAAGAUUGAUGGAAGUAUAGAGUUAUAUACUCUUUCCAAUGCAUUUGAAGAUUUCUCUAGCACCUGCAAUGCUAUGGUAACUCAAGAGCUAUUAAAGGGCUUACUAAAUGAUAGAGGCAAAGAAUGGCAUGGCGGUGAGGUAAAUCUUAUUGCACUCAACAGGAGUUCCGAGUCUUCCAAAUAUGAAGUCACCAUUCUAGUGGAUGCAGUGCUGACAACACUGUCUAUGGGGCAAAACACUGCAGCAGAUUUGUCAGUUUACUUUGAAGUGUCAAAUACAGCUGUGAACAAGGAGAAUGAACCCUCAGGUCCAAUUACAGCUGUCAGGAGGCUUCAUAAGUUUAUCUUUACAUUGAUGUCAAAUGGUAUUGUGUUCAUACACAAGAUGGCUGAUUUUGUUGGUUCAAUCGAUGUGUGGCCUUCAGUUGGCUUUUCAGCUCAAGAUUAUGUUGCAGUCCAAGAGAGACCAACUUUUGUAUACUUAGAAGUAUCUGAUGAUCUCUCCUUUCUUGUUUGUGCUGAUGGUAACAGCAAUAUUUUUGUGGUAAACCUUGAUGAACAUUUUAAAGAGUUCCCUUCUCAGCAGAUUGGUCCAACCCACUCUAGGAUCAAAGGUCCUUCUUUUUCAUGCGUAAAGUUUCAGUAUGAAUUAGGAGAUGAAGAUUCUGUGGCCCGUAAUGCAGAAAUGUCUGAUAUUGCCUAUGGGGACAGGGUGUGGAAAACAGAGAUAUUGGCUUUCAGGAAGGGUGCAAAGCAAGCCUGCUGUGAAAAGGGUACAGAUGUAAGCCAUUUUUGUAAGCCAACAGUGAAGAAAAGGUGGUUUUCUGAUCUAGUUGGUCCUGAUGUUGGAAAUCUGUUGGUUGCAUUGAGUAGUUGUGGUAAACAAACCGCAAAAAGCUGUAGCAACAUGAGUGGAUUUAAAGGAGAAAAGGGGGAGGCUGAAGAGACUCAACCUGAAGUAUUGCCAUCCCAUGAGAUUUUACAGAAAACCAUUUUUGUUAAAUGUGAAGACUGGAUGAAAAUGUACAAGUUGGAGGGAAUAUGGGCGACUCCAGCUUCAUUCUUACUCUGUUUCAAACCAGAGAGACUAAUGGAAAAUCCAAGUGAUGUUCCCCAUGGUGUUCUGUGUUUGUUUUCUUUGAAAACUCAAAAAUAUCUCUACCACUGGUGUUUGGAACCUUCAGUGAUAGUACAAAGUUGUGAACCAGCAUUUCCAAAUCUGGUGCUCACAAGCACAUCCCUGGCAGUACCAGCUUUUGAUAUUAGUCAAGAUCAGCUUGUCCAUAAAGUAAUUAUGUACGAGAAUGCAGUGCUGGCAGACUCUCUUUGCUUUGUGAAUCAGUGGGAUCAUUGUACCAUUCCAAUUCAUGCUUUAGAAGUGGCCUUAAAACUAAGGCAACUCGACACAGUUGCCUUUUUUUUAAAAAACCAGGACAAAGCUUUCACAAACAGAUGUGCUGCUCUCUACUCUUCAUCAGACUCUGUAUUGUCUUUAAAUUCAGCAUCAUCACCAUCUGGUGAAGGUGUACUGGGUACCACUGAUGUGGUGGCAGUUACAGAGGCCCUUGUUGGUGCUGUCAACUACAAUAGUCAGCAACAACACUACCAGCAUUUCACAAGGCAACUUGCACAGAUGACCCUAAGUUACCUUCACAACCUAAUGGAAGAUGGAGCAAAGCUGUUAGAGGGUGAAGUUCGUAAAGAGACUGCUAUUGUGCAUGAAACUGAUCAAGUUAUAUGUACUUCAUUACAUCAGGAAAUUAAAGAUUGCCUCGAUUUUCUGACUCUAAGCAUUGUGAAGCUUCAAAGCCAUCUCAGCAACAUUCCUUUGGAUGAUGCUCAAAGUUUUGAAAAUGUGGAUUAUGAUCCAAUGUCUUUUGCCAGAUUGGAUGCAGAUGAGGAAGAUGGAUCCAUGACAAGGUGGAACAAAAUGAAGGAUGAGGAUAUUGUUGAAGAUGCCAUUGCCAGGAGACACAUUUGUUCAGCUCAAGCAUUUUUCCAGAGCAGGAGACCUGUUCAGCUGCCCUCAGAACACGAAACUGUUCAUUGUGAUGGCUCCCUUUCAAGCUUCAUACAAGUUGGUCUUCAAGUGAUUUUUAAAAGACUUAUUGAUCAUGACAUGGAAACUGUGACAACCCUGUUAACAAACAUGGGGCGGGACAUUUGGCAACAGCUUCAUAAAGUUUGUUUGUACACACUUCACAGACCUCUUAGAGAUUUUCUGGUGAAUGAGUUAGAAUCAAGAGAUUUCUUACCAGCUGAAGAAAGGAAUGUAGUGAAGUUUUCUCAAACCUUGGAAAUUUUGUACAGUCACCAAUCCUUCACAGAGGCUAAGACAAAUGUGAGAAUUAAUUACCCAAAAGACAGUUGGAGGGACCUUGGACUGUUAAAAAGUUCUUUUAAUCUGGGUUCAGCUCAAAUCCUUGAGACUUACAUUCAGAGUGGAAAUUUAACACCUGUGGACCUCAACAAACAGAAUCUCUUAAGUGGUAGUGGUUAUGUUGAGGUACCUCUGGCUUGGGUUUGUUCUUGGGAUAUGGCAUCAAGACAGAGAAUUUUAGCAGAGAGGGUGUUCUCAAGUAAAGCGGGAGAUUAUAGUUGUCCAUGCCCCAAUAUUGGAUUAAGUUCAGAUGCACUUUGGGAGUACCUUUCCUCUCAUAUGGAUUGGCAGACUUUGUUGUCUUGGAUUAGAUCAGUUGCUCAUGAUAACAAUCCACCUCAAGAUGAUCCCUCACUACCUGUGCGUGGGAAAUUGUGUGUUGUUAAUGACUGGAACAUUAUUUUCCCUUCACUGCCAUGUGGCAUCUUCAGUCAAGGAGAUUUCUGUCACAAGGUUGUCAAAACAAUGAUUUUGGAAGAGAUUACAAGGAAUGGAAUGUUCACGACAUCUCAGCUAUUAAAUUUUCCCCUUCUUCUCCGCUGUUUGAGUACUACCCAGGCAUUGUUUGGGCACAGUCUUCCAUUUUUCUCCAUGGAUGCUGAACUCAGUAAGGACUCAAUGCCUGUGGAAGGACGUCUUCUUACUGUUUCCCAGUUUCAUCAAAGUUUUGUCGACUACUGCAUAAGACUGAGGCUUAUUAAUCUUUUGUACCACUACAUGGACUUCUAUGGACUGUGUGAAUCUAAAGAGAAUGUCAUAGAACUCAACUUGGAAUCAAGUAGACCACACUGGGUGGACAUGCUUGUCAAAUGUCGCCUCCUUGGGCUAAAUUCUAAAGAUCCCUCUUCUGUUAUCCAAGCCAGCCUUGCCAUUGCUGGGUUUACUUUAAGAAUAGAAUCGCCUUCCAUCAUGACCGUUCUGAAAUCUGGACGUCCAGUAUUGGCUUUAAGCAGUCUUUUAUAUGGGCCAAACACACUGAGUCAGGCCAUCGUGUCAUCAGAAUUACAGUCGAACAUUUCAGUAUGGCAAGUAGAAGACAAGGUUCUGCAUGAUUCCCUUUUGAGUUUUCCCAAAGUACACUCAGCUGUAUUCCCUGUUUCAUCUGGUGGCCUUGGUAUUGAACGUCAGGAUGUGUCAGUUUACAGACUUUUACAGGGAAAUUCACCAUUUGAAAUAUCACGACUUUUCGGUUGGCAGCCAACAAAUGAACUCGGUCCGAAGGGAGAUACCUCGUAUGAUAUGCAACAUUUCUCUUGUGACUCCUUAGUUUCCCAACAUGCACAUAAAGAACGUCUAACGUUCGCAUAUUAUCUUCGUCAUGGUAGACCCUCUUUCGCGUUCGUAGCUUUUAUUGGAGAGAAACUGAAAGAUGUUAACAUAUCUAAAGCUAACAUUCAGAAAGCGGCAUUGAAAGCUUAUAGAGUUGCUGUACAAAAUUUAACGAAUCCUUGGGUAUGCGCUGCAUGUGUGACCUUCACUGAGAUGCUGGGAAUGGAUAGUAUGGCCUUGAGGGUAGAUAUACAGGCUGCUAAUAGACUGUUGGCUCAUGGAGGUUUGGAAGAUCUCUUUGGGGAUGAUGCCUUGAGAGAGAAUUCAAUGGCAGAGGCAAUCGCAUCAGAACUUUUGUCAUGUUCUGGGAAAAGCAGUGAAAAACCUCAACGGCUUUUGGUUGCUUUGAAAACAGCUACAAGAAAUAUCAUCAGUAAGGAUUGCUUGGACAAGACAUCAUUCGAAGCUGGCCAACUCUGGAGUCUUGUGGUCCUAUUCUGCCGAGUUCACAAGAUGGAAUUUCCUGUAACAUACUUACAGGAUUGUGCAGUUGCGGAAAAGUGGCUGCCAUUUGUUUGCCAUGCGCAAGCUUGUCAAGUUCCAAAAGAGCAGGUGGUCUAUGUCAUUGAGCACAACUUCUCUAACUCUUACAUCCAAGAACAUUUGCUUUUGGCCUUUGAAAAUGUCAAGUUGGUUAAAGUAGAGAAUGUCUCUAGUAAUGAACUUGGCAAGAGGCGACCCCGGAAAAAGAAGUUGGUCAGGACAGGAGAACAGGUCAUGGCACCUUCUCGAGAUGUUCGUGCUCAGUUCUAUUCUCGAAUGGGUCUCAGAGCAACAACAGUUGCACAACCUCCUGAAACUGUAAAAGAGGAACAUCUGGUGCAUCCAUCGUGCAGCAGUAGUGCAGAUGACGAGGAAACCACUAGAAUAUCAAGAAAACAAGGCGAUGAAAAGGAAUUGGAGAACAAGGAAAUAGAACAUCGCGUGGAUGAUACAUUUGAUGCUGGGUUAUCAGAAAAGCUCCUCGAUGGCGAUGAAGUACGACAGAAUCUUUUUGACAUCCUGUUCAAAUGCCAGUCUGCAGAAGUUCCAUGGAGGAGCUUACUGGCUUAUUCAAUAACGCUUCAAAGGUCUUUGGUAUCCGUGCUCGCCACAUGCUUUCCGGAUUCCAGGCCACUUGAUUGCCUUUGUGCCUGGCUCUGCUCAACCGUGAGCCCAUCUGUAUUGGAACCUGCCGUAGCGUCCAUCCCAGGCAGUCAUCGGCGAGGCUCCUCGGAUGUACAAAAACUUCAGUGGCACAAGUGGACCCUAACAGACCUUACAGCCCUCAUUUUAACUAUUGUGGAAACGAGAGAGAAACUUGCUCAUACCCUAGCCAAGGCGUUUUACAUCUUUGAUCCAGCCAGUCCUCUUCUAAACUUUUUUCGUUUUCACGAGACCUUUUUGGUGCACCGUGACUAUGAAGCUUGUCAGGAAUAUUUGACUUCAUUCAAGAGAACUUACCUCAAGCUGUCUAUGAAAGCCACUGCCGACAAGCACGCGACUGUACUCAAGAUUGGAAGUCUGGAAUGGCUGGAAGAGCUGACUUGUCGAGUCACGAAGCAUAUGCUCUCACGCGGUGACAAUGCCCACGAACAGGGCCAUUUACUCGCAAUUUUGGCAGAAAGCAUGUUUGGACGAAACUUUGCGUGUAAAGUACCUGCUUAUUAUGAGCUGCACGAAGUGAGUAAAGUUCUUCGCGGCACAAAUGCGAAUAUACGACUUGAGGUAAUGGUGGAGCAGGGAAAUGAAGCUGAUAGCCAAGCUGAGAUGGAAAGAGUGCUUGGUUCCCUGCUCAAGACUAAGCACUUCGCAGAGGCCAGAAUAUUUGCUAAAUUGAUGGGCUUGUCUGAUGAUCACAUUACGAUAAAACAGGUUGAAGCUGACUUAGAAAUUGCCAAGAAUUCCAUGUUGUGGGAGAUAGAACAGGGAAGACUCGCUUUCUGGCACAGAGCAGAAAAGAGCUUCAAAGACAAUGGUUGUACAGCAGACACCGCAGGCUCAUUCUUUGAGAAUCAAGCUAGCGACACUGAAUUGUCGUUUACUGAACGUGCUAUGCUAGUUGGGAUAGCUGUGAAGUGGUUUUUUCCCUCUUCUGACCAGCAACAUAGACCAUUGGAGGAGCUGAAAGAACUUCAAAAGAAACGCUGGCUGUAUAAGAUACGAGCAGAAAUUGAGAAAGAGGACAGGUUAACCAGAUCUGUUAGCCAUCUAGAAUUUCUUUCUCACGAAACGGAAGUGGAAUUAUUAAACGAAGUCAAAACAACCAACAAAGUUGUGAUUCCAGUUAAGUUAGAAGAACUAGUGCAAGAGGAUACUGCUGAAGGACAACUCCAUGGUGAAUGUCCGCUGGAAACCGACAAGGAAAUCCGAGCGUUGGAAAAUAUCAUUUGUCGCUUGUUGGAACAUUGUCAUGUGAGCCAGGCGCGAUGGCUUGCAAGUUUAUUCAAUCGCAGUUGUUUAGCGUUAGACGUGGUCAUGUCUUGCAUUCACUUGGCUCAAGGAACACGUUCCAUAGACACCCUAGAUGUUCAUGUAAGAAGCCUCCUUACCCGAAAUGCUCAGAGACGUGAAAGCUUUGGAAGCGCUAGCCCAUUCUCCCGCUCUGGUAGUUUUAUUUUCUCCUCGUCUUUCACGGAGAAGGUUCCAAACGAGCGUCACGACUCCGUUUCCUCUUCGGAUUGGGUUAAAGUCGAAGAUAUCAUCUCCGCCUUGGAAAGCCUAGCUUUUCACAGUAGGCAGGGAAAGAGGUGUUGUACCUGUGUCAUCGCCUGCUACAAAGUUGCUCAAACGCUGGGGCAAGAUUACGAGCAAAUUGUGAAUAAGAAGCCCCUGAAGGUGCUCCAUUCGUUGUUACUUUCUGGAUUUGAUAGCCGCUAUAAACUGAUGGAGGGUUAUAUUAAAGCCGUUCAUCUUGAUUCUGUAGAGGUGACUGGAUUUUUGGCCACUAUCAUCUUGAAUUCUCUCAUUGUUCACUGCACUGGUGAAGAAAUUUCAGAGAAAGAAUACAGUGAUUUAACCGUAAAUGCAGCACCGUCUUGUGAAGACAUAAGUCACAUGAUUCGCCUGUGUCCUGACUAUUCCUUGCUGGGCAGUCGACUCUUAGAUGAGGUUUCAUCGUUAGUCAACGAGUAUGCAUCAGGAACCAUAGGUACUGGAGUAUUGAGCUUGAAAGUAGAGUUGCUGGUUCGUGCCCAUCAAUGUCACACUUUAGCCUGUAACAUGGAGGGUAUUGCAACAGUCCUGCGACAUGGACGAGUACUCACAGCUGCCUUGACCGAAUCCAGAGAUUACAUGCUCAUGGUUCGUUUGCUCACGGGUAUCGGAAGGUUUAACGAGAUGUCUUACAUCAUUGACACACUCUUCGAGCACGAGCACUUCGAACUUCUCUGUCGGAAAGGGAUUGACAAGGAAAAUAAGCUGAAAGUAGCGCUUCUUGAUUACUUAAGAAAACAACAUCCGGAGGACACAGACAAGUUUUCUAUGGUGGCGCAUCACUUUCGCAUGUACCGGGAAAUUGCCAAAACUUUGGAGGACACCGCCGUCAAGCAGCUGGCUAGUUUAGGCAAUUGUUUCCCAGAUAAGAAACACGGCCAGGGAAAUGCUGAGAAAGGAGCUGCAGAAGUUUUCUUUAAACUAAAUUCCAUUAUGAAAUCCUUCUGCUACGCUUCGGAUAACUAUGCCAAGGAGAACUGCUGGCGACAUUCACAGACCUGUCUGAAGAAUGCAAGAUUGGUUCACCUGCAGAUCCAGUUUCUUUCCUCUGGAGUCACAGUAGUAAACUUGAGUGACGUUGCUUUGAAGAAAUUCCUUGCCCAUCACACGCACUUCUUUCAGUCUCUUCUAGUCGCUGAUGCGUACAAAAAGCGCGACCUCUCUCUGUGGGUUGACGCUCUUUAUAACCAAGUAGUGAUGAAGGGCAACUUCGACUACCUUCAAGACAUGAGCUCCGCCAUGCCUCUCGCAAACCAUCUCUUUGUCGAUGUCGCUACCAAGUACAAAAAUGAAAACUCACGCACGUCUCAAGCGGCAGUUAAUAUGAAAAGGCUCUUGGGAUUCGUUACCGACGUUAGAAUGCGCUACAAACUAGCCACAGAUUUGAACUUCUGUGACCUGGGAACCAGCAUUCUUGAGGGAGAUGAAGGGGCGUUUUUGAGAGAUGUCAUGGUUCCCUGAGUAAAGGCUUUCAUGGAGCACAGUAUAAAGACUGAUGAGGCUUAAGCCUACGUUAAGCUGAUCAUGUGCCGCUUACGUAGCUUUGUCAAGACAUGACAUAAUUUUACUCAGUCUCCGAUCACCUGUGUUGUCUCUGAGACAUUAAAAUUGUUCUUAAUCAUGGUUAGUCCAUGAUCAGUCCCUGUGCACACGAGUCUUUCUGAGUUGGUUUAGUUUAAAUUUUGUAACAUAAACAGACUAAGAAAUGAUCAGGAUUGGUACUAAACAUCGUACCAGAUAACUUGAGUAUUGUUAACUUGCGUGGAGACGCUAAAUUUCUUUACUUAAUUACGAGUAAAAAAUACGAUCAAAAAUAGGGACAACGUACGUUUAAAAUCCAACCUCAAUUAUGUUUGCAUGGUCCCCUUUGGUCAACGCACAUUCCUAUGCCUCACCACUGGGACUGUCUGUUAGAGAAUCUACCCCCAUUAUCAAAUUUCUCGUUGCCUCCGACGUUUUCGUCAUCGUUAAUGAUCAUAAUCGUUAACAAUAGCCCUCCCAUACCACUCACAAUAAAUACACGUGCUAUUGUGGAAAUCUCUAACAUAUUGUAUCAAGUGUCAUUAUUCUAUAACGAACUAAUUCUCUUUCAAUGGUACGAUCCACUAAAUUACCUCUCAAACUGAGGACAAGCAUUAUAACACAAAAUUUCACUAUGCCUCGGAAAACUUGCGUAUUAAUUUCAUUAAAUGUUCCACAUUUUUAGCAUCCAUUGGCAUGAUACAUUGCAAUUUGAACAGUAACAGGGCUAACUGAGAAAUAACAUAUUUGACUUAUGUUCAAAUCUAAUCCAACUAAGGUGAUCAUACAUAUUCGAGGCAGCAAGAGAUUAAAUGUGGAUUACUUUC